CAAAAAAAGAAGUCCAUUUCAUGGUUGUCUGUGCAUUUUUUCUGAAAAAACAGUUCUCUAGGUAUUGAAAAAAAUUACAAAGAUGGUUUUAAAGUUGAUAUUUCUUAGUCUUAUUGGAUCUGCAAUAUCAAAAAUACUUCAGGAUGAUCUGAUGCUAGAAGCACUUGACGAAGAUUUUCUCUUUCCUAAUAACGAGGUUCCAAAUUACGAAAUAGUACCAGUUUUUGCAUCAGCAGUCGAAGAAAAUGGUUCUAGAAAAGUUAAAAUAAAUUUGAGAACUUUUGGAAAAGAUUUAGAAAUGUGGGUACAUCCUGUAGAAGGAGUCUUAGCUACUACUCGAACACCAGUUUACACCGUCAGAAAUGGAGUUAAAUUAAAGAGACAGAGAAAUGCAAUGAAAAAAGUUAUCGAAAAGUUAUAUCAUAACAAAAGAUUUUUGGCCUCAGUAACAGUUAAUGAAGCUCCAUCCAGAGAAGUUAUGGUGCAUGGGAUAUUUGGUUUAUACAAUUAUUUUAUUCGACCUCUUUAUGAUUCUGAACUAUAUUAUACAUAUUUGAAGAAUAAUGCUUAUCCAAAAUGGUCUAAUUUCUCUUAUCAUAUGAUAUACAAACUACCUGAUAUUCCAAAAUACAUAAAAGCUCUCAUUCCUCCUAAAAUGAAGCCAAAAAAGUGGUCGCAAGUUCCUCAAACAAUAUAUCCUGAAAUCAUGGUGAUUGUUGACUAUCCAUUGUUUAAGUUGUUGAAAAAAAAUCUAAAAGAUACUUUAGGAUAUAUUUUAUCUUUCUGGAAUGGUGUAGAUUUAAGAUACCGGAGUUUACAAAAUCCUAACUACAGAUUAAACAUUGCUGGAGUCAUCAUUUCUGAGGAGCCAAAUGCAUUGGAAUAUAUGCGUUAUCAUUCUGAAAUUGCUCCAUUCCAGUUGCUAAUUUAUAAAGCAUUAGAUUCUAGUAUAGCAUGGUUGAAAAAAUUAGAAAAGCGACUUCCUGACGUUGAAUUUGAUGUAGCUAUAACGAUGUCCCCGGAGAAGUUCUGUAGAAAAUCACAUGAAUCUUCAAAAUGUGAAGAACUUAUUGGUGUUGCAUUCGUAGGGGGUGCAUGUAAUUCAGAGCUAAAAUCAGCAAUCGUUCAAGAUGCUGGUGCUUUCAAAGGUAUAGAUGUUACAUCCCAUGAACUUGGACACUUAUUAGGUGUUGAACAUGACGGCACAUUUCAUGAAAAUUGUAGUUCUGCAACGGGUAAUUUAAUGGCUCCAGUUCUCAUUCAUACAUCUCACGCAGGAGAAUGGUCUACAUGCUCAAUAAAAGAUUUUGAAAAAUUUUUAGAAAAACCUUCUUCUGAUUGUUUAUUUAAUAAGCCAAGACCAGGACAUACUGUGGCCAGAUUUUUACCUGGAAAACUAUUAGAUGCUAAUGAACAAUGUAAAAAAAGAGUCGGAACUUCAGCUGCAGUUAUUGAUGCUACUACGUGUAUUGCACUUCGUUGUUAUAAGCCAGAUAAUCCAACAAUAAAACUCGUCCAAACUGGAGCUGCUGAUGGUACAUCUUGCGGACCAGGCAUGAUAUGCUUGAAUAAAAGGUGUAUGAAAGAGGAACUAUUUGAUUCCUUGAUAGAAAAUGCCUGACAAUUUUACAACCAUCUAUCAGAAAGUAAUAUUCAUCAUAAUUUUCUAUUUGAAUUUAAUACUCUUUACUCCAAAUUAAAAUUCGUUGAUAUACGACGUUAUCAAUAUAAGAUUCAUUGAAGAAGUAAGGUUGAAUAAACAUACAUUUUUUUAUUGAUUAUAUCCAUCAUGUUUUAUAGAUUUCCGACUUUCCUUCAUGAAAUAAAAUACGAUAUACAACGAACAAUGAAAUCUACCUUUAAUUCUGUACAAAACCUACUUUUUUAUCACUGCUUAUUUUACCUUCUGUUGGCAGUUGUGCUGAGGUGAAACUGUUAUCAAGCCACCGACCUUUCGCAUACGUUGCUCUCAAUGAAUAUGAGUAAGACUCCAAGAUGCAGGAACCAUCAGCAGCAGUUGUUGCUGUGGUGGUAGAAAGAACUCCAAAAAAAAAUCUUAGUCCUUCAAUUUUCCACGAGGUUUCGUUGAAUCGUCAAAAUUACAGUUGAAUGCAGUGAGAAAAUUAUCAAUAAACUUUUCUAGAACAUAUUCUCAGUGAAUUAACAGAGUGAACGUAUAGUCAACUGAUAAGAUUAUCAUGAGGUGAACAGCUUCAUCCUGUAAUCCCUAAGAAAGUGAGUCUAACCACAAAGUGUUUAAUUACUGUAUUGGAAAUAUUCUAUGGUUUCUAAUAUGUACUUGCACUGGACAAUUAACCAAACUGAUUAUAAUAUAAUUGAUGCUGCAGUGAUAUCAGGGAUUACAAACGUCAAGUUCAUUGAAUCAUGUGAUGAUAAUUGAAAUGCAGAAUCACAGAUAUGAUUUAUGGAACAAGAAGGAAAAUGCACGUGAAACUGAAUGACCUCGUGGACUUUUCGCGCGUGCCGAUGUCAAAUGGUUGCUGACCUUGAAGGUCAGCUAAUCAUGAUCGUUUAAUUCUUACAAUUAAACUGAAAGUAUACUUACAUGAUUAAAUAUAAAAUGUGAAAUUUUUUUAUCAAUAUUCUGCACUCUAUGAUUUACUUGUGGCAUACUUUAAUAUUAUUUAAAUGUCAACUGUUAUUGUAUCUCUAAGUGACUGAAUGAAGACCAACUGGUGAUGAAUUCGUACACGAGUGGGGAUAAAAAAUUGACAUUAAAGCUCAUUCAACAAGGAUUGGGGCCCUUGGCCACGACAUUAAGUCGGGCAAGGAGGCUUCACUUCCACCGAUAGGAGGAAGUUAUGGUGUC